UAAGUAAUGAGAUAAGAAUAUAAUUUUGAGUCUUUCUAAUUAAGGGUGAAACAAAUUAAAUUAAUAUGGUAGCAACUGCAAUUGAAAAGAUAGAAAUGGAUGUGCCUAUUAAGGCCACUCCUAAGCAGUUCUAUGAUGUUUUUUGCAACAAGACACACUAUGUUUCCAAUGUUUGCCCUGAUAAAGUAAAGAGUGUUGUCCUUCAAGAAGGUAACUGGGGCACCGAGGGUUCCAUUAUAUCCUGGACUUAUGCUUUUGCUGGAAAAUCUUGUGUUGCUAAGAUAAGGGUUGAAGGCUUAGACAAAAAAAACAACAAAUUAACAAACACAGUGUUGGGUGGAGAUUUGUUGAAGGAUUACAAGAGCUUCAAAUUCAUAAUGCAAGUUGUUCCACAAAGAGAAGGAGGUGUGGUGCAUUGGAGUGUUGAAUAUGAGAAGCUCAAUAACAAUGUCCCUAAUCCUCACCCCAUGUUCCAUUUUUGUGUUGAAGUUCUCAAAAAUGUUGAUGCUCACCUUUCACCUGAAUACAAGAACUAAACAAAUUAUGAACAAAAAAAAGUUCAUGUCAUGUGUUAGUUUGAUUUCUAUAUCUAUGUGUGACAAAUAAAUGAGGAUUUAAUUUCCUCUAUGUGUCUCUAUGACAUGUUACGUAUUUUCAAUUAUGCAUGCAUAUGUUUUUUUUUUUUUUUAUCACCGGUAUCCAGCCCACUGGAUCGCCUAAUCUGAUUCGGGGGUUAAUUCUGUCAUCAAGUGGAUACAUAUGGUUUGUUUGUUCAUAAGAGUCGGGUGUAUUAGGUGUGAGCUGGAUUGUUUCUUGUCCACCUUGGGUUGUAAAGCAUAUAAAUAAAAUGUUUCGAUUUCGACUAA